AUGGGGUAUCCAGAAGGUGUGAAAGGAUAUAAGUUAUAUGAUCCUGUUUCUCGUAAAUUCCUUCGCAGUCGUGAUGUCAUAUUUCUGGAGAAGAAAUUUCAUGACUUUGAUAUUCAAACUUCAUCAAAUUUUGAUGAUCGCGCAGAGGAUGAUAUUCCGAUAAUGAUCGAAGAAACUCCUGUUGACGGAAAUGAAAAUCAAGAUGAAAUUGCUAAUCAAAGAGUUGCAGAGAAUGCUGAAGGAAACCAGCAAGCCAAUGACCAGCCAGUGGGAGGAACCUUUGAAGAGACGUUUAUGAAUGAAGUUCGUAACGUUGGUGAACGCAGAAUGAGAAGACCACCCAAUAGAUUUGAUGAGGAAUGCUACUUAGCGAACGAUAUAACAGCAGAUAUUAACGAGCCAAUUAAUAUGGAUGAAGCCUUUUCUGGAGAACAUUCAGCAGAAUAG